AUGAUGUUGAGGAGAAGCUGGAGCGCCAGAUUGUUGUGGCUGAUCCUCCUUGAAAAUUAUGAUGAUGACUUCGAGUUCCAGGGAGUUGGGUCGAAUUCUGCCACUCUCCAUACCGACCGGGAGCAAAGCCGACCUCCCAUGGAGCCUAAUCAUGCACUCUUCCAUGCAAAUGUUGACGCUACUAAAAGGCACGAGCACUAG